GGGUUCUAGGUCAGUCCCUGGACCAUUGUGACUCUCAGAAUGUGAAGUAAUCAGCAAAAAUAAGUUCCAUCGUCUCUUCUUGGGAAUGGAGGGAAGCUGGGAGGAAGAACCAUUGUCAGACGCUCUGCUCUUCGAGCUUUCUAUUUGUCCUUCUCUGUAACUCCACGGGCCAUCAUGGGAACAGCCGGCAACAGCCCUUCUGACUUGAACAUCAUCGUCCCUGAGAAACUGGAGCAUAAGGACUAUACCCAGCCUGACGUCCUGUGUCAUACCUUUGAGACUCUGUCUAACCUUCACAAACUGCUUCCAAACCAUCUUGUGGAGCUGCUUCAAUCCUACCAGAGCGAAGAGGAUAAAAAAAAAUGUGAGAUAUCAGAAUUUUCCUGUUUAGAAAGGAUCUUGGCAAGACAUGAAUUGCCGAAAGAGAUUAGUCUGACUCCUAAGCCGAGCAGAAUGCACUCCUGGCAAAGAAAAGCCAUGAACAAUGUGAGUGACGGGUGGAAGAAGUGCCGCUUAUGGAGGAGGAACAUAAAAGAGCCUCCGAUGAGCACCGUGGUUGUCAGAUGGCUGAAAAAGGACAUGCAACCCACCGAGGAUCUCAAGUCAGUAAUUCAAAGGAUGUCAAUGUUCGGCCCGAUUCAGUCAGUCACCACGUGUGGACGUCAAAGUGCUGUAGUGGUGUUCAAGAAUGUAACUUCAGCGUGUAAAGCCGUGAACGCUUUCCAAAGCAGGAUCCCAGGCACAAUGUUCCACUGUUCCUGGCAGCAUCGAUUCAUGUCAAAAGAUGAAAAUCUCAGUGCCCUUUGGAUACAUUGCUCUUACUCAAAACUCACAAAUCCUAAACAAAACAUGGCCAACCUGAAGAAAACAGUGGCCACUAUUAAUGAUCUUGAACAAACCAAACCAGAGACAUUUUUAAAAUAGAAAUAAUGUUGAAGCUCAACAGUUUCUUUUUCUUUUUUUCUUUUUUUUUUUUUUUUUUUUUUUUUGAGUGAAACAAAGAAAAGAAGUGGAAAAGAAAAACAGGACACAUUCACAAGGUGGGGAACAUUACCGAAGUGGUUAUGGCGUUUUUUUUGGAGGGCCGGUUAAACAUGAUCUUUGUGAUGCCAUCUUGAGAGGUCACUAUGAUGUUUUCAGAUCCCGGUUGUUUCUCGUUGGCUGCUGCAGGCUUCACUUGGCUAGAAGACUCAGACGAAGGACUCAAACUGGACACCAGAUCCACAUAGUUCUGCCUAGCAGUUUCCUGAAGAGUAGAUGACAAAGAGGUUCAGCUGACAGUCAAUGAAUAAGCACUUUGAGAAACAUAAUAUGCUAAUGAUUAGCAGGCUGCAAUAAAUAAAAGAGUUCAAAGGCUCUGUUGAUAAUGGCUUGGUGAGAAGCUCCAAGCUUCUUUAGAUGUCUGGCAAAGAAAAUAAAAAGCAACUGGGUGUAGUGGCA